UUUAUCUUCUAAAAAGAAGAAGUAAUUUGUUACUUCGUUCAUAAGUUGAAGGAGUGAUGAAAAUCCCAGUUGUCCAAAAAUUAGUGCACGAAGAGGAAGUUCUCCCAGGACAUAUUCCAAAGUUAGUGUACGUUACAGAAUCCGGGCUGGUGCAUCCACUUUGGGCCGAGGAUUGUUUACUGAUCGAAGGUGUCACAAAUGAUGGCAAAUAUCGGCCGGUCGGUACAGUCACUCGAGCGAGGUUGAUGGCGUGCCCAUAAGUGGAGAAUGGCGCUGGCGUCGCGGCACCGAGGAGCUUGUUGAUGACGGUGUUGUUGUUGAUAAAUCACACGUGUGUUGUUGAAUUGAAUUGUAAUUCUCCGACAAUUGUUGGGAAAUAGGAGGUUGAGAUGGUUGUGGCCAUUGGAUUUGAAGGAAGUGCCAAUAAACUGGGGAUUGGGAUUAUUCGGGAUGAUGAGGUACUGUCGAAUGUCAGGAGGACGUACGUCACACCUCCCGGUGAAGGGUUUCUACCAAAAGAAACAGCCAUUCACCACAGGACCCACGUCCUCGAGGUAUUGAAACAAGCCCUGAGUGAUGCAAAAUUGACAGUGAAGGAUGUGGAUGUAAUAUGUUACACAAAGGGCCCUGGAAUGGGUGGACCUCUCUCAGUGCUGGCUCUGGUCGCUAGGACAAUUGCUCAGAUAUACAAUAAACCAAUAAUAGGAGUGAAUCACUGUGUGGGGCACAUUGAGAUGGGAAGAUCGAUAACUAAGAGCGAGAACCCAACGAUUCUAUACGUAUCUGGAGGUAACACACAGAUAAUUGCUUACGCCAAGCAGAGGUACAGAAUUUUCGGAGAGACGAUUGACAUCGCUGUUGGCAAUUGUUUGGAUAGGUUCGCUAGGCUUCUGAUGCUCUCCAACGACCCCAGCCCUGGAUACAAUAUUGAACAAAUGGCGAAAAUGGGUAAAAAACUAGCUCCUCUUCCUUACACUGUCAAAGGAAUGGACGUGUCGUUUUCUGGGAUAUUAUCGCACAUUGAAGAGCGUUUGAAGGAAUGGUUGAGCUCGGAGAAAUAUACUAAGGAGGAUUUGUGCUUCUCCCUGCAGGAAACUCUCUUUGCAAUGUUGAUAGAAAUCACAGAAAGAGCAAUGGCUCACGUGGGCUCCAACGAAGUGCUGAUAGUCGGUGGCGUGGGCUGCAACGAGCGCCUACAAGCCAUGAUGGAAAUAAUGUGCAAAGAGCGCUCGGCAAAACUUUAUGCCACUGACGAGAGGUUCUGCAUAGAUAAUGGAGUAAUGAUAGCGGUGGCUGGCCUUCUCCAGUUCAACCACGGAAAGCCCACCCCCUGGAGGGAGACGACCUGCUCCCAGAGAUAUAGAACUGACGAUGUAUUAAUCACUUGGCGACAAUAAAAAGACAUCAGUAUCAA